CGUUGGAAAAUACUGCAGUCUGUUCUGAACAGUGAUCGUAUUAGUGCAUCUAUCGCAAAGCGACCAAAUAUUGAGAUUAUAAUAAUAUUAAAUCACGAAAAAUUGAAGAACCUCAAUUAAUCUAAUUUACUUGAAUUAAUCAGAAAUCUACGAAUCUAAAUGUCUCUAGAACAAUUAUUUUGUCCCAAUUGGUGGGAAAAUUUGGAGCGUGCUCAACGUAUUUUAGAUCAAAAUUUGCUCCUUGGAAUUAGUCCAGAAAUUCUGAUUCCAAAAAUUAUGCGUAUGUACGAUUUUCUACCACGUAAACCGGGUUUAAAGUCUCCGAUGAAAUACUACAGGCCAUGGGAUGAACUCCUGCAUAAAGGAGAAAGGGGUGUAUCAACCGUGUUAGCUAACAGAGACAAAUUCCAUGUGGAUUUAGACGUGCAGCAAUUCGCACCCGAAGAAAUCAAUGUUAAAGUCGUAGACCGUUUUGUCAUUGUUGAAGCAAGUCAUGAAGAAAGGGAAGAUGAACAUGGUUGGAUCUCCAGACAAUUUACGAGGAAAUACAUAAUUCCAGAACAGUGCGAUAUCGAUCAAGUUUCCUCGAAACUUUCAUCGGACGGCAUUCUUUCGAUCAUUGUGCCACGCAAGCAAAAAUUAACUUCGGAUAGCGGAAGGGUGAUUAAGAUCGUGCAAACCGGUAAACCGUCUGUAUGCGACAUGCAGAAAGAAGGAAACGAAGAAAACAAGGACAAGGAGGAGGAGGCGCAGGAAAAUUAAAGCUCAGCACCGAGUGAUACACCGAUUUUUAUUACCUUAUUCUUCGAUACUAUUUGUAGCUCCUAUCUCGAGUAUUUAUUUGGUGUUUAUAUUAGCGAAAUGUUUUGAGCAAAUUUAUUUAGAUAUGUAAAUAAUUAAUUAAUUUAAUUAGAUAUGUAAUAUUUUCAUGGUGAAUAGAGACUGCAUUUAUGAUAUGUGUAUAUCUAUGUAUGUGUGUGUGGUAGGUGUAAAAGAAGGUUAGGUUCAAACAUCAAUGAUAAUUUAGCUGACGAUGCAAUGUUGUUAGCCGGAAAUAUAGAACAAUUAUGCUUUUUAUGUAUAAAGUUAAAAUAAAAAGAUUAUAAAUAAUUAA